AGUCUGAAUACGCUCUGAGUCAAAAACAAGUAAAUGAUGGUGAUUAUUGGAACAGUUGAAAGUUUAAUUUAAUUUAUUUUUGUUUAGUUUUUUAAUUAACUUAAUCAUUUUACUACCACCAUUGAGUUGUUUUUCAAAUUCUUUGUUUGGUAUUCCAGCCCUGAGUGGGCUCAUAUCAGUUUAAAAUGGCUAUGUCCAAGCCAACUGAAUGGGUUGCCCAGCUUCUUAAAAGAUUUGAAGAUCAGUUGCUUUGCCGAACUGGAUCUCAAACAAGCCACUCUCGAAUAAAUAUUGAACAAAAUAAAGAAUCGUUGAUACAAAUUAGCCGGACCAAGUUUUCACUUGUUAUAUCUGGCUUGACGCAAAUUCUCCAUAAUAUCAAUGAUAUUCGUGCUCAAUCUCAUGGCACUCUUCAACCAGAGUUUGAAAGGAACUUCUAUGAAUCCCAGUUGAUUGUUUUAUACACUCUUGAAAAAUGUUUAAGCUGCCAACCUAAAGAAAUGACAACUCGUUAUGAAGAGGCUACCAAUGUCAAAACUCUUCUUCGGGAGUUGUGUCAGUUCUUGGAUAUGCCAAAUGACAAUCCCAUGUCCUCUCAACUCAAACUUCUGGCAUCGCGAGUACUUUUUGCUCUUAGUUUAAAUAAUUUUAAUGCUGUGUUCAACCGUAUAUCGACAAGACUUCAAGAAUUGGCCAACUGUACUGAAGAAAAUCCGGACUGUAUUGAUAUUGAGCUUAUUCAACAUAUAAACGUUGAUGUUCAGCGAUUAAUUCGACUUUUUAGUGAUGUUAAUUUAAAAUUGAAAAGUUUAAAGAAGAAUGUACACAUUGUGCUUCUUAAUAGCUUGGAAAAGGCUAUUUGGAAUUGGUUGGACACUUACUCGCAUGAAUUUAUGGAAUUACAAAAUAAACCAAAUGACGAAUUAGCAGAGUGUUGUGAUAAAUUGUUUGAUUUAAUUGAUAACUUUGCUGAAACGAAUAACAAGCGACGAGCCGCUGUCUGGCCUCUUCAAAUGCUAUUACUUGUUUUAUGUCCAAAAAUUUUGGAAGAGAUUGUUAAUGCUGAUAGUGGAGCUCCAUGUUCACCCAAAUAUUAUCGUAAAAGGCAAUUUAUCGAAAACGUUAAGAAAGCCCUCGUUCCUCACAGCUCUAGCAAACAAAUGACUGAGACAGCUGCUGUUACAUGUGUUAAACUUUUCAAAACCUCAACUUAUAUCAGCAUUUUUGAUUCAAACAACGUUGUUUUCACCCUUGUUCAUUCAGUUAUCAACGAUUUGAAAUCUUUGCUUUUCAAUCCAGCCAAACCGUUCAAUCGUACACAAGCUACAGUUAGUCAGGAUGUUGAACUUAUGAUUGAAUGUUUUGUUUCCAUCUUUCGCAUCACACCACACAACAAUGAAGUUCUUAAGGUUUGCCUCAACCCGAUUUCUCCUUUGAUUUACCAUUUCGUCCUUGUUUGUUCACUUUAUCGGAUUGUAACACAAACUAGGCUACCUUGGUGGCCAAAAGUUGAUAUCGUUUACACACGCGCUCACGAGUUACGGGCAAUGUUCACAGAAACUCUCAACAAAGUUACGCAAAUCACACACCAAUCAAAAGGAAAUCAGCUUUCUUUCUACGUUCAGAGUUUAUCUCUCAAAGAUAAAAUGAUCAAUCUAAAGUUCAAAGAUAAAUCAUCUACAGAGGAAGGAUUGAGUCACAAAAAUCUUCUUCUCAUGUUGGUUCGUCUCAUCCAUGCAAAUCCUUUACUUAUGCUCAACAACCAAGGCAAACCUGGACAUGAAAUUCAAAGCAGUUCCCUGGAACUCAUCAAUGGUUUAGUAUCGUUAGUUCAUCAACCAUUAAUGCAGGAUGUUGCUCCAGAAGCUAUGGAAGCUUUACUUGUUCUUCAUGAACCUGAUAAUAUUGAAUUAUGGAAUCCGGAAGCUCCCAUUAAUACUUUCUGGGAUAUUUCAUCUCAAGUGUUAUUUUCAAUCUCCCAAAAACUGAUACAACAUCAAAUCAUCAAUUAUACAGACAUACUAAAAUGGCUGAGAGAUAUAUUGAAGUGCCGUAAUGCAUUUCUCUCGCGACAUAAAGAAUACGCCAACCUUGGUAGUCAUAUUGCCAUUUGUAAACAAGCACAUAUCAAAUUAGAGGUUGUCUUCUUUAUUUAUCUCUGGUCAAUUGACAUUGAAGCUGUUCUCACUGCCAUGUCAUGUUUCGCUCUUCUCUGUGAAGAAGCUGAUAUUCGAUGUGGUCAAGACGAUCUCACUGCGGUCUAUUUAACUCCUAACUACACCGUUUAUCAAGAAAUCACUCAAUCCAGUCAAAUUUUAACCACCGGACGAGCUGCCCUCCAAAAACGAAUAAUGUCUUUAUUAAGGCGUAUUGAACACUGUACACUAGGAUGCUCUCAGGCCUGGGAAGAUACCUUUAUGAGUUGGGAAAGUGCUACAAAAGCGCUUGUUAGUUAUCCCAAAGCCAAAAUGGACGCCGAAGGCCAAAUGGAAAUAACUCACCGUAAUGUCUCAAAGCGUAGAACAUCUCAGCAUAGUACUGAACAUGAACUUGAAGAUCAAAUCAAUGAAUGGGCCAAUAUGACUGGUUUUCUUUGUGCUUUGGGUGGUAUUUGUUUGCAACGAAAAUCUCCUGUCAAUAAAACAAAUUCUGUUGGAUUUUUAGUUGAUCAUAGACGAACUCCUGUGUUACAAAGUGGUCAAGAUUCUUUACAAUAUUGUCCUGUUACCCAGUUUGUUGGUGAUGUGUUAAAGCUUCUUGUUUGUAACAAUGAAAAGUUUGGAACUCAAAUUCAAAAGCAUGUUAAGGAAUUGGUAGCUCAUGAAAUGAGCCCUGCUUUAUAUCCCAUUCUUUUUGACCAGAUUAAGACAAUUGUUGAGAAAUUUUUCGAUCCUCAAUAUCAAGUUACUGUUAAUGAAACAAGCACUCAGUUUAUCGUUCACAUAAUUUUUAUCAUGAAAAGUGUCCUUGAGAAUAAGGUUGAACAUACAACGGAAAACCUUGGUGUUACCAGUAUUGAACAAAUUAUGCUUGCAAUCGUUCGUUACAUUCGUCAUCUUGAUACCAAUACUGGUCAACAUAUUCAGAUCAAAGUUAAAUUUUGUAAUCUUAUUGAAACUAUGAUGUUACGAAGAGAUGAUCUUGCUUUUCGCCAAGAGAUGAAAUUUCGUAAUAAGAUGGUUGAAUAUUUGACAGACUGGGUUAUGGGUAACAGUCAUCAAAUGCAACCAACUGGUAUUAAUGAUUGGACCCCUGUUCAGCGAGAACUGGACAUGGCCUCAAUGCAAGCUGUUGCUGCUCUUUUACGAGGCUUGCCCCUUCAACCUGAAGAGAGUGAUCGUGGUGAUUUAAUGGAAGCCAAAUCGCAACUUUUUCUCAAAUAUUUUUCACUAUUUAUGAACCUAUUGAAUGAAUGUAGUGAUAUUGUUGCCGAUGAAGAUACUGUUGGAACCACAAGCAUUGUUCCCGGAAGUUUAGUUAGUAUUGAUGGACCUCCUCGUUACAACAAAUAUAAUUAUAAACUCAGUGAAUUGCCUACUUACACAAUUCAAGCCAUGUCUAAUUUGUUAAGUGCCAACAUUGAUUCUGGCUUAAUGCACUCCAUUAGUUUGGGAUAUCAUAAAGAUCUUCAAACUCGAGCUGCAUUCAUGGAAGUUUUGACCAAAAUUUUACAACAAGGAACUGAAUUUGACAUGUUAGCUGAGACUGUUUUAGCUGACCGGUAUGAACAGCUUGUUCAAUUGGUAACUAUGAUCGGUGAUAAAGGUGAACUACCUAUUGCUAUGGCUUUAGCAAGUGUUGUUGCCACUCCUCAAAUGGACGAGUUAGCUCGAGUUUUUGUUACUCUGUUCGAUGCUAAACAUCUUUUAUCUCCUUUACUAUGGAAUAUGUUCUAUAAAGAAGUCGAAGUUUCAGAUUGUAUGCAAACAUUAUUCCGUGGUAACAGUUUGGGCAGUAAAAUAAUGGCAUUUUGCUUCAAAAUUUAUGGAACAUCCUACCUCAAAGCACUUCUUGAACCUCUCAUCAAACCUCUCGCUGAAAGUCCUAAUGAUGUCAGCUAUGAAAUAGAUGCAGCUCGUAUGGAAUCAGGCGAGAGUGUCGAACAGAACCAUGAAAAUUUGUUCGCGAUAAUCUCUUCAGCUGAUAGUUUUCCACCUCAACUGCGAUCCAUGUGUCAUUGUUUAUUUCAAGUUCUCAACAAACGGUUUCCAAAUUUCCCUCAUAACAUUAGUGCUGUUGGCACUGUCAUCUUCUUGAGAUUUAUAAAUCCCGCUAUCGUAUCACCGUUUGAAAUGGGUAUUGUUGAUGUACAGCCAAACAAUAAAGUUAAACGUGGUUUGAUGUUGAUGUCUAAAAUAUUACAAAACAUUGCAAAUAAUGUUGAGUUCAGUAAAGAGCAACACAUGUUAUCUUUCAACGACUUUUUACGUGCUAACUUCGAUAAUGGGCGUAGAUGGGUUUUGCAAAUAACAUCAGACUGUGAAACAAUGGAUCAUCAAACAAGCCAUAACCUAUCAUUCAUCAGUGAUGCUAAUGUUCAUGCAUUACAUCGACUACUUUGGAAUCACCAAGAAAAAAUUGGUGAUUAUCUUUCAAGUUCAAGGGAUCAUAAAGCUCUUGGAAGGCGACCUUUCGAUAAAAUGGUCACUUUACUCGCUUAUCUUGGUCCACCAGAACAUAAACAAAUGACAGACUCUGAAUGGAACUCUAUCGAUAUGACAAGCAACAGAUUUGAAGAAUGUAUGGCCAAAGCUCAUGAUGAUGAUAAAUUUAAAUCGCUAAAAUCAUUGAACAUCUUUUAUCAAGCUGGAACAUCUAAAGCAGGAAAUCCAGUUUUUUAUUUCAUCUUUCGUCGAUAUAAAAUCAACGAAAUCAAUGCUGAUUUUCUUCUUUAUCAUGUCAUCCUUACUCUAAGACCUUAUUGUCAUAAACCAUUUGAACUUGUCGUUGACUUUACGCAUACGUGUACAGAAAAUCGAUUCAAGACUGACUUUCUUCAAAAAUGGUUUGCUGUUUUACCUGAAAUGGCUUAUGAAAAAAUUCAAGCUGCAUACAUUUACAACUGUAAUUCUUGGGUUCGAGAAUACACCAAAUUGAACGAUCGAGUUUUGGCUCCACUAAAAGGCAACCGAAAAUUAGUCUUCUUAGAUUAUCCUCAACGUUUGAGUGAUUUUAUUGAUCCUGAUCAACAAAAGUUACCAGGUGCCACACUUUCCCUUGAUGAAGAUCUUAAAGUUUUCAACGGUGCUCUAAAAUUAUCUCAUAGAGAUACUAAAGUAACAAUUAAAGUUGGACCAACUGCAAUUCAAGUUACAUCUGCUGAAAAGUGUAAAGUUUUGAGUUUCUCUGUUCUGCUCAAUGAUGUUUAUUAUGCAUCUGAAAUUGAAGAAGUUUGCUUAGUUGAUGAUAACCAAUUCACAUUGACUAUUGCCAAUGAAAGUGGUCCACUUUCUUUCAUCCAUAACGAUUGUGAUACAAUUGUUCAAGCUAUUAUUCACAUCCGUACAAGAUGGGAACUUUCACAGCCUGAUUCUGUUACUGUACACACAAAAAUACGACCCAAAGAUGUACCUGGUACUUUGCUAAACAUGGCACUUUUGAAUCUUGGUAGCUCUGAUCCUAAUCUCCGAACAGCAGCUUACAACUUGUUAUGUGCGUUAACUCAAACUUUUGACCUUAAAAUUGAUGGACAGCUUCUUGAAACGUCAGGAUUGUGUAUACCAUCAAAUAAUACCAUCUUCAUCAAACAAAUAAGUGAAAAGCUAGCCACAAAUGCUUCGCACCUGACUUUAGAGUUUCUCGAAGAGUGUAUCCAAGGAUUUCGUGCUUCCAACAUUGAACUGAAACAUUUGUGUUUAGAAUAUAUGACUCCAUGGUUACCCAAUCUUACCCGAUUUUGUAAACAUUCAGAUGACAGUAAACGCCAACGAGUGGCAACUAUUCUUGACAAAUUGAUCACUUUAACCAUCGAAGAGGUUGAAAUGUAUCCAUCGAUUCAAGCUAAAAUUUGGGGCAACAUUGGACGUGUCUCUGAUUUAUUAGAUAUGAUUCUAGAUAGUUUUAUUAAGCGUUCAGUUACUGGCGGCCUAGGAUCUGAUCAGGCUGAAAUUAUGGCCGACACAGCAGUUGCCUUGGCUUCAUACAAUGUCAAGCUCGUUGCUUCUAAAGUAAUCAGUAGAGUUUGUCUAGUAAUUGAAAAGACUGCUGCCUCACCUACACCAACCCUUGAACAACAUUUAAUGUGGGAUGAUAUUGCAAUUCUCGCCCGUUAUCUGCUCAUGCUUUCAUUCAAUAACUGCCUUGAUGUUUAUAGCCAUCUUCCUUAUUUAUUUCAUAUUGUUACAUUUUUGCUUCACACUGGACCAAUGUCGUUUCGCGCAUCAAUUCACGGUUUAGUUAUCAAUAUUAUUCACUCUUUGUGUACUUGUACCAAUCCAUCUUUCAGUCAUGAAUCACAGCGUAUAUUACGACUUAGCUUGGAUGAAUUUUCCUUACCUAAAUUUUAUCUACUAUUUGGAAUCAGUAAAGUUAAAUCACCAGCUGUCACUGCAUUUCGUACACCUACCUCGCUCAAACGGCACAUGAUUAAUAUGGAACGAACUCAACAGCUUGCUAAUGAUCGAGCAUUCACGUCACAUGCUUCAAUAGAUGGUGACAAAAUGCCAUUAAGUUCCCUUGAAAUUAUUACCGAUGCACUUCUUGAAAUAGUUGAAGGAUGCAUGAAAAGUAUUGAUACAUGCGAUUGGUUACAGAAGUGGACAUCUCUUGCAACCAGUUUUGCUUUUAGAUUCAACCCCGCUCUCCAACCAAGAGCUAUUAUUGUAUUUGGUUGUUUAUCCAAAUCUGUUAAAGAUUCUGAAGUCAAACAACUGUUGAGGAUCCUUCAUAGAGCACUAGAAUCAUUCAGAGACCUUCAACUAAUUGAGGCCAUUAUAAUGGGUCUUACACGACUACAACCUUUGCUUAAUCCCGAAUCACCAAUACACAAAUCUUUAUUUUGGGUUGCCAUAUCAGUUCUUCAAUUAGAUAAAGUUAAUUUAUAUGCUGCUGGUUUAGCUUUGUUAGAACAAAAUCUUCAUACCCUCGAUUCUCAAGGUUUAUUUGAAAAUAAACGCUUAGAUCAACUUAUGAUGGCCACCCGUGAACCAUUAGAAUGGCACUUUAAACCUCUUGAUCAAUCAGUUGGCCUCAGUUUCAAAUCAAACUUUCAUUUUGCUAUGGUUGGUCAUCUUAUCAAAGGCUUUCGCCAUCCUGCACAAACAACUGUUUCUAGGACUGUCAGGAUUCUCAACACACUCUUAGUAAUUGUUGCCAAACCUUAUAAGCGUGAUAAAUUUGAAGUUAAUGUGGACAAUGUUGCAUAUUUAACAGCUUUAAUACCCGUUUCAGAAGAAGUUCGCAGUCGAUGUCAUUUGAAACACAAAGUGCCCCGUCUGUCUAAGGAACCACCAUCAUCUCGAGCUUACUCCAUUGAAACCCACCAACAUUCCGCCUCAUUGAAUUCCGCAAAUACCCUUUCUAACACUGAAACUUGUAUAAAAAAUCAUACACCAGUUACCAUGCACCAAACACCUUCAUCGACUCCUCUUCCAUCGCCAUCCUCAUUGUGUUCAAAUCCAAGUCAAGCUUCAACUGUUGUUGCCAAUUAUAGUUUACAGCCAAUACAAGCAAAACCUUCCAAUUCUACCUUAGCUUCUUUUCAUUCUGGUACACCACUUGGAAGAAGGCAAAAAUCUUGGGAUGUUUUGAAUCAUUCUUCAUCCUCCAACAUGGGUUCAUCGGCAGCCAACUCUCAGGAAUCUCCGCGAGAUUCAAAAUCUUGGAAAAGUUUGGACAUUGAUGCCAUUAGUGUCAAACCUCAAAUGCGUACUCAGCGUAGUAGUUCAGUACCAACACCUAGAUCUCAGAAAAAUCUUGAUUCCUAUAGAGAAAGAUUUGGAUCAGAAUUGAUGAAACCUGAUAGAACCGUCACUAACAACGGUGCUGAUAAUGAUUCAGAUGAUGAAAAUGCUUUCUGUAACAAUAGCAAUCAUCAACAUAAUGAGCAAGAAAUUCAAAAAAGUCGAGAGUCUCGAGUUUCUGUUUCCAAUGAGGAUAAUGUUUUAAUCGAUCCAGAAGUUUUGACCGACUUUGCAACUCAAGCAUUAGUUCUUACGGUUUUGGCAACUCUUGUCAGAAACACAACAGAUGAAACCGAAAUGAAAGUUCUCUAUGAAUACUUGGCCGAGGCUUCUAUAGUUUUCCCAAAAGUUUUCCCUGUAAUCUAUUCUUUAUUGGAUUCCAAAAUCACGAGUAUUCUUAAUUUAUGCCAUAACCAAGUAAUCUUGAGCGCGGUACAAACCAUUAUUGAAAAUAUGGUAGCCAAUGAAGAUACCAAUCAACAGCAACUUCAUUAUCUCCAAACUUGCGGAUUUGCUGGUUUAUGGGGAUUUGUGGGUCCAUUUGAGAAAUGUCAAUCAAAUUUAGACGUUGAACAUCUUGCAAAUUGUCUAGAAGCUAUGGUCGAAACUCAUUUACCUGUUGAUGAAAUAGAUGGAGGAGAUAUGAUGAACUAUUCAAGUGGUUUAUGUGUUUCUUCAGCAUCAAAUCUGUCAACAUCUCUGUCCAGUUUAGCUGUGAGCUCACUGACAGAUAAAGACGCUAAACCAAAUGAUUAUCACAUUAAUUCUAGUUCUUCUGCAAAGCUAAAUGAUUAUCGUUCUAGGCAUGCCGCACAGUUAAGAAAACAAAGAAGCCUAAAAGUUAAAGACACUGGGAACGGUUGAUUUACCAAAUAUUACCAAAUAUAAUACCAUUUAAACCAACGAGUUAUUGUAAAUUAGUGUACAUGGAACAAAAACAAGCCAAGCCAAAAGAAAGAAAGUAGACGUUAUUUUCUGCGCUAGUUGAUCAUCAACGAACCUCAAACAGGAAUUUUUAUUCUUAUUCUUGUAAAUUCCCUCAAUGAAGAAUUGUAACAUCGUUAAUGACAAUCAAAACCAUUUGACUAAUCAGUCAACCUUUUUUUCACAACAAAUCCUCUGCCACUUUUGCAAGUCAGAAUUAUCAUUUUACAGACCAUUUUCCUCUCAUUUUUAUAUAAUAGAAGCCACAAUUUAAUUUAUUUUCCAUUCUAACAUAGAUAAUUGACCCCCUGAAAUUUGUAAAUAUUCAUUAUUUUUUUCCCUUAUAUAACUCUUGGUUAUAUAUUCACGAAAUUAUGUCUGAUUAGAGAAAAAAUUUGUGCUCAAACAAUUUUUUCUUUUUUUUCUCAUCUGUAAGUUUUGUCAUUAUACUCAUUCAAAUUAAUGGAUAACUUUAACCUUUAAAUCUCGAUAUUAUACUUAUAUUUGAAUUGUGUGUUCUUUCUGUCUCAUUAUUUAUGUAAAUCGCCAUCAAAUGACAAUUUUAUUGUAAGACUAUUUAAUAUCUAAUCACAUUAUUGUCAACCUUUGUAAAUAUGCAUCAGUAGGCUUUGUCUUUUCUUUUUUUCCCAAAUUCAUUUUUUGAAUUGUGUUCUCGUUCAAAUUAUGCCGAUUAACUUUCGUUCCUCUUAUUUUGUACUCAAUUCUUAAAUUAUUUUGGUUGUCAAUUAAUUUAUAGACCAUUUGUGAACCAUGUUGAAUCAUCAUCUCCUUCAUCCACGCCAUUCUAAUAUCUUCACAAUUACUCUCACAAGUUGGAUAUCAGCAACCGUACAAUUAAUUUUUUAUAAAGCAUAUGAUUCGAGAAGGUUUUCAAGUUGACUUGGAUAUCAUCAAAUCACCAUUCAUUAAGAAAAUUAAGGCCAAAGAUUUGUAUCUUUCGAUAAGUAAAGCCACUUUAAUGAUGGACAAAUGACAAUCGAAGGGACAACAAUCAAGGAUGGAGUAAUAAAAACGAUUCAACUCUAUUCAUUGAAAGAUUAUGGAAUAAAUGAAGAUGAUUAUAACAAGCGAUAGUAAUAUUUGUUUCUUUCACUUAUAAUUUAAUGAUCUCAUGAUAUAAACAUUUUAAAUAUUUAAA